AAUGAUCUCGAUAAGCAAACGACUGCCAAAUCCUACGAGCAUCCACUUUUGCGCAGCGACUCCUCAUCGUCCAACGCCAUGGGACAGGAGCACACGCCCCAGGCACUGCAGGAUGGGAGCUCAAGCCCGAUGUCUCCGACUAUAUGGAAGCAUUGCAGCUGAGCGGUGACGGCUGCACACAACAACGUUCACUCGUCCUGGACGUGGAGGCUUUAUCCACGCAGGUGUCCAACUUGACAAUGCAGCCGGAAAAAAAGCUGCCGCAGGAGGUGUCCAUUUGCAUAUCAUCAACAACCGAAGAGGGCGACGACGAAUCCUGCAUCACCAUAUCAGAUUCCAGUGACAGUGAGCAGCAGGAGCAGGCGAAGCAGCCACCGGCUCAGGAGACAAGCAUGACAGUGAGCGGGCAGCUGGCACCAACAGCAGCAGCAGAGCAGCUGCUUCCGGAUCCGCUGUCCAAUGACAAAGUGAAGCUCAUUGAGGCUUUUCUGCGCGACGUAUCCUUUGAGCGCCGCGAGAGAAUUCGGCGAGGACAAUCAGAUGUGUCAGCCGAGCACACGCGCCUGGCCAGUGCGGACACGGAAUCGAUGAGCCAAUUAGACGUCGAUCUAACACAACUGCCGUCUCGCCCAAACACUCCCACUUCCACGCCGAAAGCGCAACUGGACAGCAGCAAACGCUUGGCGGAUAAUGACACGGAGAUAAACACGUUGUGCUCCGAGGAACGUUUCGAACUAGACAACAGCAAACGGCUGGCGUCGAAUGAGACAGAGGUCAACACGCCCGACCCAGAGGAGCCGCUGUCCGAGCUGUCCGCUCAACAGUCCACGCUAAACGAGGUGCAUCUGGAUGAGACCAUACCGGAGACCAGCAGCGAGGUGGAGCCGUCGCCGCUAAGGCCCAGCUCAUCCUCAUCGGCUGAGGAGGUGGCGAGCAUGCCUGCCAUACAAGUGAGCAGUAUUAAUAUAUCGGCAAAGAUCAACAUUAAAAUACACAUACCCAACAUGGACUCGAGCUCAGCCGAGUCCGACCAUUCGGAGCAAAGCUAUGUACAAGCCGUGCCAUCAGCAGAGGCACGCGCAGAGCCACAACAACAGGAACGAGUGGAGCAGCAGCAGCUGCAGCAAGAAUGCGAACAGGAACAAGAACGGUCCGUGCUAAGCGGCGACGCUUCAGAGGAUGAGCAAUUUCUGACACAAGCUGAAAAGCUGUUGAAUCAAUUGUACGGCAAGUCCUGGCAAACGCCGGAUGUCAUACGCACGCUCAAACGCUCCAGCGGCAGCGGCGGCAAAGCUCCACCUGCGAUAGGCCGCACUCCGCUCACCGAGAUCAGGCGGCAGCCCAAAGCCCAACGCGCCGCAGCGACCACAGCCAAGAAGGCAGCGACCACAGCCAAGAAGGCAGCGACCACAGCCAAGAAGGCAGCGCCCAACGAGAGCGCACUGGGCGACUUUAGCAUAUUCAAGCGCGCGUUGCACUCCACCAAGUUGAAUUCGACCCACUUCCCAGAAUCUGCCUGCAGUGAGAAGCGACCGAAUGGACAGCGCGCACGCACCAACCAUGUGCAUGAGGAACGCUGGCGCGCCCUCGUCGAUACGGACAGUGGAACGGAUGCCUCUGAUGACGACGAUGCGGAUGCAACGGGCAGCAGUGAGCCUGAUGAUGCCCCUGACGGGCAUGUCACCUACUUGGACCUUACCAAGACCGAGGUGGAGGUGGUCAGCGAUCCCGAUGAGCAAAUCGAAUCGCCCAAAUUUCCCAAACGGCUUGACGAUAUUUUACGGACCUGCCGCGCCAGCGAUAAGCCUAAAUUGCCUGCCACGCCCAAGCCAACGUCGCCGUCGACGCCGGCGUUGUCAAACCCGACACGAAGGCAGCUAUUUACGCCAAAUACGGGCUAUGAGGACAUUAGCUCAGCCAAACGGAUUGUGGAUCAAGCACUCGACUUGGACAGUUUGGAUCAGCUGGAGAACGUCUAUUUGCCGGGCUCAACGGUGCACAAGCGUGUGCAGGAGGUCAAAAAGCAGCUGGGCAUUGCGGUUGAGUCGCCAAAAGCGAAGCCCAUCUUUAAGCUGCCCACGCCGCAAACGGCGCCGCCAGCCAAGUCAGGGGAGCGCGCCAAGAAGGUGCUAAAUGGGCUGAGCACGCCAAAAAAUAUUGCCAGCAAAUGUAGCUUUAUCAAGUCGCUGGAGCCACAGAUCAGUCGAGAUCGCUGCGACAAUGAGGCGUUCUUCUAUCGCGAGAACUUCAGCCGCAACAAAGAGCAGCUGGCGGCACGACUCUACGACAUGUUCAACGAACAGAUCUUCAAUAAUGAGCUGAAGGUGCCCAUCACCUGGUCGAAGCUGUUGCGCAACACGGCGGGCAGAUGCAAAAAUAAAAAGAAACUGCUGGAACGCAGCAGCGUGGUGGAGCUGAGUAUUAAGGUGCUGACAAGUGCAGAUCGAUUGCGGUGCACGCUAAUCCACGAGCUGUGCCAUGCCGCGGCCUGGGUAUUCAACGGCGAGGGCGGACACGGUCUCGUUUGGAAGCGCUGGGCACAGCGUGCCAAUGAGAAGUUUCCAGAUCUCCCACCGAUUCGGGUUUGCCACAACUACAACAUUGAGUUCAAAUACACGUAUAAGUGUAUAAAAUGCAAUACAUCCUCUCAUGCCCAUUCGCGUUCGCGCAAGGUGGAGAACUUACGUUGCCGCAUUUGCCGUGGACCCAUUAUGCUGCUCCUGAAUAAGAAGGACAAGUCGGGUAAUAUUGUGCCGACGCCGGUGCGCGAGGCGACAGGAUUCGCCAAAUUCGUUAAGGAUAACUUUCAAAAGCAUAAACGUGACAAUCUCACAGCGGCGCAGGUGAUGCGCAUUCUGGGUGCCGAAUAUGCCAAGGAGAAGGGCAAAGGUCAGCUAACAAAGACGGACGAAGCGGCCGCGCAGGCCUUUAUAGUUGAUCGAGUGGAAACCUUGACAUUAGACAGCGAUGAAGAUCACUAAGCUACGUACAGCUAAAAGUAGUACGAGAUUUUGUAUUUCGAUAUAUGGUUUUACAGUUUUAUGUAUUUUUAUACCUAUAUAUUUUAUAUUUGACGUUGGUUUAAUGUAAAUUACCAUUUAAAGCAUUGCUUUCAAUUAAAACACACCCACUCUAGAUUAA